CAGAAACUUCAAAAGCAGCUUGAGUUUUUAGAAGUUCAAGAAGAAUAUAUAAAAGAUGAGCAGAAAAAUUUAAAGAAAGAAUAUUUGCAUGCCCAAGAGGAAGUUAAGAGGAUCCAAAGUGUCCCUCUUGUUAUUGGACAGUUCCUGGAGGCUGUUGAUCAGAACAAUGGCAUUGUUGGCUCAACAACUGGCUCAAAUUAUUAUGUGAGGAUACUCUCAACUAUUGACAGAGAGUUGUUGAAGCCAAGUGCCAGUGUAGCAUUGCACAAGCACAGCAAUGCACUGGUCGACGUCCUGCCUCCUGAAGCUGACAGUAGCAUCACCAUGUUAUCAGCUGAUGAGAAACCUGAUGUAAGUUAUUCAGAUAUUGGAGGCAUGGACAUUCAAAAGCAAGAGGUCAGAGAGGCAGUGGAACUGCCACUCACUCACUUUGAACUCUACAAGCAAAUUGGAAUCGACCCACCAAGGGGGGUGCUCAUGUUUGGUCCACCUGGUUGUGGCAAGACCAUGUUGGCCAAAGCCGUUGCACACCACACCACUGCUGCUUUCAUACGAGUGGUCGGUUCAGAGUUUGUUCAGAAGUACCUGGGUGAGGGCCCUCGAAUGGUCAGAGAUGUUUUCAGACUUGCCAAAGAGAAUGCACCUGCCAUUAUAUUUAUUGAUGAGAUUGAUGCCAUUGCUACCAAGAGAUUUGAUGCUCAAACUGGAGCUGACAGAGAAGUUCAAAGAAUUUUGUUGGAACUACUGAACCAGAUGGAUGGUUUUGAUCAGACUGUUAAUGUCAAAGUUAUAAUGGCCACUAACAGAGCCGACACAUUGGACCCUGCUCUUCUUCGUCCCGGCCGACUUGACAGGAAGAUCGAAUUUCCUCUGCCAGAUAGGAGGCAGAAACGAUUGAUAUUUUCGACGAUCACCGGCAAGAUGAACCUCAGCGAUGACGUCGACCUCGAAGACUACAUAUCAAGACCUGAUAAGAUCAGUGGUGCUGACAUCAAUGCUAUCUGUCAGGAGGCUGGCAUGCAAGCAGUACGAGAGAACCGCUACGUUGUCCUACCGAAAGACUUUGAGAAAGGGUACAAAAACAACACAAAGAAAGAUGAACAGGAACACGAGUUUUAUAAAUAA